CCGCCGGAGGAGGAAGAGGAGGAGGAGGAGGAGGAGGAAGAGCUGGAGGAGCCCGCGGAGGAGGACCUCGGCCGGGCCCUGCGGGUGGAGCGCUUCGAGGAGCUGCUGCAGCAGCCCCGGCCCCCGCGAGGCGGGGAGGAAGCCGGACGGAGCUACAGCGAGGAGGAUUUUGAAUACCACCGCCAGUCCUCCCACCACAUCCACCACCCGCUCUCCGCCCACCUGCCCUCUGACGGACGGAGGAGAAAAGGAUCGAAGAACGAGAAGAAGAAGAAAAAGAAGAAGAGGAAGAAGGAGGAGGAAGAGGAAGAGGAGGAGAAGAAGAAGACCCCCUCGGCGUCCGGCAAGACCCCCACCAUCGAAGAAGAGGCGGAAGGGGGCCCAGACGAGGAAGGCGAGGAUGACACCGGCGACACCGAAACCGACCCGACCCCGGACGAGCUCCUCGCCAACAGUUCCCCGGAAGGGGUGCAGUUCUUCCUACAGGAGGAUGACGCCGCCGAACGGCAGAGCCCGCUCGCCGCGGAGCCGGACGGAUUCCCGCCUCUAUCCUCGCGAACGACCAGGAGUCCCCCGAUGGACGGAGCCGCGAAAACGAGCAGCUCCGAGUUCGACGAGGCCGGCCCGUCCGAGGGCGCCUCCCCCACCGAGCGGCCGCUCUCCAAACCGCCGCCAGCCCACCGCAGCUACAACCUGAACGAACGCCGGCGCAUCGGCAGCAUGACGGGGAUAGAGCAGGCCCGCUACCAGAAGGUGCCGACGGACGAAUCGGAGGCCCUGACCUUGGCGUCGGCCGACCUGGAUUACAUGAAGAGUCACCGAUUUGAGGACGUCCCCGGAGUGCGCCGGCACCUGGUUCGGAAGAGCACCAAAGGGCAGGUGGUCCAUUUGGGGAAGGACCGGCCAGAGGCCAGCGCCCGCCUGCGGAAGCAGGACCGGAAGCCCCACGAGGUCUUUGUGGAGCUGAACGAGCUGAUCGUGGACAAGAACCAGGAGCUGCAGUGGAAGGAGACGGCCCGU